AGUAAAUGAUGCUGACGAUUGAAAAGAAACAUUAACAAUUGAAAAUGCAUGCUGAUGAUGAUUUUAUGGCAAAAAAAUUGAUGCUGACGAUUUGCAUUAAAAUGGGUGGCGUGCUAAUCUUUAUCUUCUUGCCGACCCCUUAAUUAAACUUACCUUAAUUAGUCAAAAAACAAAUGCGUAUGGUGCAGUCAUUCAAUCGCAAAUGAACAAAUCCAAUCCAAAUGUCCAAAUAAAAAAUAGAAUUUGAAAGUCUACGUAGCUCAGUUAGUUAAAAGUAUUUGAAGUCUCGAGUUUGAUUCUUUCUUGCUGUUUGUAUAAAAAAAACCAGGAGAAAUAAGAAACAAACCCAAUAUUCAGAAAUGGGAGGUGGAGAGGAAGACUGCAGGACAAUCCCAGCCAUUGACCUGAAAAAAUUUCCAGAAGCAGAAGAGUACAGGAAGCUGAGGGAAGCAUCAGAGACAUGGGGAUGCUUCAGGCUUGUGAACCACAUGAUCCCACCAGCUCUGAUGUCGGAGAUGAUAUCAGUGGUCAGAUCUUUGCUGGACCUGCCCAUGGAGAUCAAGAAGCAGAACAAGGAAGUGAUAGCUGGCAGUGGAUACCUGGCUCCCAGCAAAGUCAACCCUAUCUAUGAAUCUUUAGGGUUCCACGACUUGGGAUCGCGUCAGGCUCUGGACAGCUUUUGCUCUCAGUUAAAUGCUUCUUCGUACCAGAGAGAGGUGAUAGAGAAGUAUGCUCAAGCAGUGUGCGAGCAGAUUGUGGACAUAGGGCAGAAGUUGGCAGAGAGUCUAGGGUUGGCUGAUAGUGAUUAUCUCAAGGGGUGGCCCUGCCAGUUCAGGAUAAACAAGUACACCUUCACUUCUGAAUCAGUUGGAUCCCUUGGCUUACGAUCACAUACAGACUCAGGAUUUCUAACCAUUCUUCAGGACGAUGAAAUUGUCGGUGGCUUGGAAGUAAUGGACAAAUCCGGCGCCUUUGUAGCCGUUGAUCCUUGCCCAGGCACUCUCGUUGUUAAUCUCGGGGAUGUCGCUCAUGCAUGGAGCAAUGGAAGGUUGUGCAAUGUGAAGCACAGAGUACAAUUCCGGGAGGCAAGAAUUCGAGUUUCGAUCUCUUCAUUCCAACGUGGACCGGAUGAGGAAGCGGGAGUGGAAGCUCCUCCAGAAUUGGUGGAUUCCGAGCACCCUCGACUUUACGUUCCCUUUACUUAUGAAGAUUACAGAAAGCUAAGACUCUCCGCAAACCUGCAUGCUGGUGAAGCCCUUCCACUCGUACGCAACCUCUCGUAAAGAGUAGUUUGGUAUUCUUGUGUUUUUUAAAUAAACCGUUGUGAGAAUAAAUAAUUAUAAAGUAAAGUAAUAAAGUGUUUGGUAAAUUUUAAUUGUAAAAUGGCUUAUAGCAACAAAACAGUGUUUGAUAAACUUUUAUGUAAUACGGCUGUGAAAGUAUAAAAUGAUCAAAAUGGGUAUGUGAUAAUGUGAUAUUAUCAAAUUUAUGUUUA